AUGAGUAUCUCAGCUCUCGGAGGAGGCAGCAAAGGGAAGCCUCUGCCACCAGGCGAGGAGGAGCGCAAUAAUGUCCUCAAGCAGAUGAAAGUUCGCACCACGCUGAAAGGGGACAAGAGCUGGAUCACCAAGCAGGAUGAACCGGAGAGCCACAGCCUUGAGCUGCCCUCAGGCCGGAGUCGUGCCAUAUCUUUUUCUUCAGCUGGGGAGGUCCCGAAGGCCAGGCCCCCGAGCACGAGGGCUCCCACUGGCUAUAUCAUCCGGGGAGUGUUCACCAAGCCUGUAGACAGCUCGUCUCAGCCCCAGCAGCACUUCACCAAGGCCAACGGAGCUCCAAAAAGCACUGCCGCUCUGGGGAAAGCAGCUGCUGCUGGGCCUCCCCGCCCCUCCUCCUCUGGCUACAGGAUGACCACAGAGGAUUACAAGAAGCUGGCACCCUACAACAUCAGGCGCAGCUCAGCGUCAGCGGCUGCUGAAGACGAGGAGGUGCCCUUCUCUUCUGAUGAGCAGAAACGGAGGUCAGAGGCUGCCAGCAGUGUGGUGAGGAAGACAGCUCCCCGGGAGCACUCCUACGUCCUGUCGGCGGCCAAGAAGAGUGCCAGCAGCCUUGCCCAGGAGACACCGGUCCCGUUCAUCGCAAAGAGGGUUGAGGUAGUGGAUGAGGACAGGCCUUCCAAGAAGAGCCAGGACCCACCUGCUCUGGCACGAUCCCCUCCCGGCUCGAGCAGUGCGGAAGCGGGCAGAGCCAAACUGUCUCGGGCAAUUUGGAUGGAGUGCACGCCCAGCCUGCCUAGCCCCGCUGGGACUCGGGAGCCCAGCGCAAGAGGUGAGGAGACUGUCCGCCUGCAGAUCACAACACCGGGGGCGGGACUCUGCCUGGUGGCCCCAGACCCAGAAGAAAUGAGGUCUUCCCCAGGCUCCAAAGACAACGAAGCCCCCAACCCCAGAGAGCCCAAGAGAGACUUGAGUGGUGAAAGGGCCUUCAAGGGCCUUGAUGCAGACUCUGAAAGAUCAAGUGAUGGCGACGUGGGAUCCGGAGCCAUGGGCUCCACACCUGAAGGCUUGGCUGGAGCAGACAUCAGCUCUGGGCGAGGAGGGCUGUGCUCACCUGCUGUCUUUACCCCUCUCCUGGAUGAUCAGGAGGUGCCCAGUGCCAACUCGCAGCCUCAUAAGCCUGGACCAGCAGCCACCAGCUCUGGUUCCACUUCUGCCUCUGCUGUCCUGGCUGACAGGAAGAGCAACAGCCCAGCAUACCUGGAGGACAUGGAGACGGACCCAAAGGGCUGUCACGAUGUCAUGGGAAGCCAGGAGAUUCUGCAAUGGGAAGAAAAAAAGGGGGACAGAGUCCCUAACUGCUCUGCAGGGAACUGCGCAGCCGGCACAGAACGUGUGCGCUUGCGCACGAGCGCCGGCACGAACAUCUUGGCUGAUCUUGAGGAGGAGAAUGUGGUCACCAAGGUGGAAGACGCCUGGCAAGGGAGGCCUGGAGCCCAGCAAGAUGACCGGGGAGACCCGGCUGCACCCACCCAGAAGCCGGCAGACCCCAGCAACCCCGAGCAGCAGAGCAGCCCCAGAAAUCCUGAGCAGCACCUGGAAGUGGACAGCCAGGCCAGCAGGAUGGGGAACCCCUCAAGCUGUAUGGUCACUGUUACUGUCACUGCCACCUCUGAGCAGCCUCAGGUUUAUGUGCCAGCCUCCCCAAGUGAACUGGAGUCUAACUCAACCAGCAAAGGGAUUCUCUUUAUGAAGGAGUACGUGAAUGCUGGUGAGGUAUCUUCCGGGGAGCCACUGUCUUCAUUCUACAGCAGCAUCAGCAGCAUUGAGGACUCAGGCAACAUGGAGAAGAAACUCCCACGUGACACUACUCCAUACUCUGAGAGAACAAGUGGAGGGGUCUGUACUUACUGCAACCAGGAGAUCGGAGACUGUCCAAAGAUUACCUUAGAACACCUUGGCCUUCGCUGCCAUGACUAUUGCUUUAAGUGUGGGAUUUGCAGUAAACCAAUGGGUGAGCUUCUGGAUCAGAUCUUCAUUCACCGUGACACCAUCCACUGUGGGAAAUGCUAUGAGAAGCUCUUCUAGCUCCUCCAGGCUAAGAAGAAGCUGAUAACUCCUGGACAAGUUUGACUGUCCCCGCUUGCCCCAAGUUGCUGACUCUUCUUCCCUCACUUCCUCUCUCCUCCAUUUGAUUGCUUCAUGUUUUUGCUCUUCUUAAGUUGAACUUGCUUACAUCCAGUAGCAUCCAUGUCUUAAUGAUGUUAUGAUAAUUACUUGUGUGUGUAGCUUUUUGUAGCUUAGAAAGCACUUCCCAUCCAUUAUGUUACUUCAGGCUCAAGCAAAGAGGAUUGAACAAUAAUUCCAUUUUGGCUUCCCUCAGACUGGCCAGCUCCCUGAUGAGUUUAGGUGGCCUGGUACAAUAGGCACGGACAAGAGUGUGGGGUUCGGUGUAUCCUGACUUUUGGGACAGAGAGCAAAUCACAUUCAGGUUCACAGCUGUGAGUGUGCCUUUGGAACUUGACAGAAGAAGGAGACCUCCUGAAGCUUCUGAGGGGUUAAAGACUGUUGACGAUCCCUGGUGGGUAAAUUGCAGACAUUGAAUGCUAGGGAUUGACAUAGGCUAAUGUUUAGCUUGUCUAUUUGCCAUAUAUAUAUUUUAAACUUUCCGUAUACUUUUACAACUAGUUAGUUGCUUUUGAUUGAGUUAUAUAGCAGAUUUUAAUGACCUUCUGCCUACCUACCUUUCAAUAUAGUUGCGUUUUGUCCUGCAGGCAUGUGGACAUGUAUUAGAAAGUUUACACGUUAGGUUUAAAUUCUAUAGAAUGUGAUUCUUAAGAGGCUACUGACCAAAGGGAAAUCUGUGUCUGAAUCUUGCUAGCUAAUUAAUAACUUUGCCCUCAAUUUCCGAUCCCUAAACUUUACACAGAAAUCCCCUAAAGCAAGUUUUAGGGUCUAUAGACUCCAGCAGGAUUAUGAAGGGAGAAAAUCAGCUAACAUUUCUUGAGGCCUUACUGUGUACCAGGCGUUAUCACAAAGUGGUGGCAUUAAUCCCCAUGCUAAUCUUGUACAGAGGGUAUUCUUCUCCGCAGUUUGCAAAUGAGUAUGUUGAGGCUCAGAGAGGGGGUCAUUGCAUCGUGCAGAACCAUCGCUAUCUCCCUCUAGUAACGGUAAUGACAGACAUGAACGUUGAGUCAAUGCUGAGUAUAUGCGAAGCGCUGUGUGGAGGUGACACCACGCCCUCAAGCCUUCCCUGAGGCACACUUUUACAAAGAGGGGAAGGUGGGGAAUUGCACCCCUCCUCUGGGCAUCCUGGGUCCCCAUAAAAUACCAGAAGGGCCAAACUGGCCCUCUCACCUCCCUUUUCCAUGAAAACACUUCUGAACUGAAAUACUCUCAGCUGGGAACAGAUUUGACUCACAGACCUUCCCAAAGAAGAGCUUGUCAACCCAGGGGAAGCUCCAGUAGGCUAGCCGAUCUGGGCACAGGGCCCUCAGUGACGUCCCAUUUUCCAGUCCAGACUCUGUCCCAAGCUAGUGGCAACUACUGAAACCCCAGGUACUUGGAACAGGGAUACCUGUUGGCCAGCUGGACAGAUGCAGGCCCAUUCAUGCAGUCAGCUGAUGCUCUGCUCAGGUUCGACUGGGCCCCUCUACCUUUGGGACCAGCAUCACUGUGUAAGUUCCUCGAAAGGACAACCUGACAGUUUUUCUGAUGAAAAAUGAGGGCCUUUUCUCUUGGUUUAAUUAGAAAAUGCCUCUCCAUCUCUCUCCAGUUUCUGAGCCCUAUGCACAUUGGCUGGUGUACUUGUUCUUCCUGCCAAAUGAUCAGAGAGGAAUGUUCCAUUUAUUUCCAUAGAUGUGCGUCAGAUUUGCUCUGGAGUGGAAAACUGGCCAUGUACUCGUACAAAAUAUGAGCUGGUUUUCCUCAAGACUAGCCCUCAGCCUGGGACUUUGCAGAUGGUAGGGACUGACACAUAGGUGCUGAAUGAAUGAGUGAAAGGGAAAGAAAGGUCGUGCCUUUGGGUGGGAGGUAGCACCCCUGAGUCUUGGCAGGAUAAAGAGGUCCAAGAUAGGCUGGCUUCCCUACCUUCUAGAUACACUCUGCCUUUAAGAGAGUUUUAGAACCAACAUGCAAGAUAUUGACUCCAAUCUGAAAAAAUCUCUUUCAUGUUUAAAUGGCACAGAAUUCUUCGGACUUAAGGAAGAGAGGUGGUUGCAUUACACUUUCGCUUCUUUUUAUUUGCCUAGAAUUUUAAAUCAUACUUGCUUAACUCAUUAAUGUACACAAUUAUAAUAAAUGGUAAGAUAUUUCAUGUGUAAAUGUUAACGUUUCCUUUUAUAGGUGUAAUAAC